GAGAGUGACUUCGGGAGGCGUUACAACUUGAGAUCGAGGCAGACCAUGGCGAGUGAGGGAGAAGUCGAGUCACUUCGCCGCCAGGUAGAAGAACAGAAGAUUCAGCUAGAGGAAGCGCUGCAGAGGGUCUCUCAGCUGGAGAAAGAGCUCGAAGAAGAACGGAAAUCCGUUCGACUGCAAGUGCUCGAAGCCAAGGAAGAGGUGAGAGAUAGAACAGAAAAGACGUUGGAUGACGUGAGAGCGCACCAGGAGCGUAUGCGCAAUGAGUAUACGGAAAUGCUGGCAAAACGGGAUUCACAAAUUGAGGAGCUCGUCCAGAAAUUGGAGGAUGCCAGAGAGAUAGCCCCACCCUUGGAGGAGGACGAAUUACGCACAGAGGAUGUUGCUGAGAAGGCAGAGAGCGCUAGCAGCCAAUCGUUGGGAACUACUAACCAGACAGGUAGGCAAAUGGAGGAGCAUCAAAGUCAUGAGUCGAGUGUUGCCAGUGCAAUGAGGGCCUGGAGUCUUCCUCGGUUGCAAAAGUUUACAGGGGAGAGGGUCAAUGACGAAGAUGGCUUCAAACAGUUUGUGAAAGAGUUCGAGAGAUACUCUCUGCUGGCUGGUUGGUCUGGUGAGAUUAGGCGGUUGCAGUUUGAAGUCCACUUGGGAGGCAGGGCACUGAGGAUGUACGAGUCAUUGAAAGAUGACCAACGCAGGACGUAUGAAGAAGCCCGAGAUGCGUUGAUAAAGGUGUUGCAACCUGUCAGACUGGAAUCCUACAGGCGUAACCAAUUUAACAGCAGACGUCAGAGAGAAGGAGAGUCAGUUAGUGACUUCGCAGAAGCAUUACAGCGAUUGAUGAUGCAAGCUUUUGAAAGGCACAGCAUGGACAACGAACUGCGAGACAAGAUACUACUCGGUCAGUUUGAACAGGGACUGUUGACCAAGUGGAAGACACACUUGAAGUACCCCUUGGAUACGUUUGAAGAUGGUGUAAGCCAGGCGCGAAUGGCAGAAGCGGUAGAGGAACAGUUGCUUGGAGUGUCUGCUAGGGGAAAUCCCAGAGGAAAGGCUGUCAAGCAGCAUACUGCACAAGUAACAACUGAGUCCACUCUAACCCGUAUACCAGGUGAAACUGAGCAGGACAAGGAAGCUGAGCAAGGGAUCGCUACCUCAGCUAAGCUUGGAGGUCCAACCAGGAAGCCAUGGAUAAGGUGUUUCAAAUGCCAACGGAAGGGACACUAUGCAUCUGACUGUCCUGACUUAGGAGGAGAUAAGGGACCAGUCAAGACCAAGCCACAGCAAGGAAGUAAACCUAGCCAGGUAUCAGUGGUACAACAGUCACCAGAGUCAGUGAGCCUGGAAGAGAGAAUCGAAAGGGCUAAAAAGGAAUACGAGGAUUUGCAGCUCCGACGGCUACGACUAUCGGUUGCAGCAACACAGGAAGAGGAGCAGGUAGCGGUUGUCACUGAAGCGGUAGGACCACGUCCUUACUCCCGAAUCCUAGUUGGGGGCUGUGAAGUAGAAGCAAUGCUAGAUACGGGCUCUCCUGUCUGCAUCGUUUCGGAAGCUGUACUUUUGCAGGUGGCCAGGAAGGGUAAAGUGCGGAGUAGUGAUCUGAAACGACCAGGAGUAAGGCUAACGGACUACAAUCACCAGGAGAUCCCGGUAUUGGCUCAAGUCGAACUUGAGUUAUCUGUGAAAGACGGAUUGACUGCCACAGUACCUGUGUUUGUGUCAGAGAAGGCUAAGCCACCUUGUCUGCUGGGACUAGAGGCCACGUAG